AUGGUGACGCGACACGUGCUCGCGGCCGCUUUGGCGGGUAGCAUGACGUCUGCACAGCGGCUGCACCCCACCAGCCAGCGCGCGUCAGAUGACCUCAUUCAAAACCUGCCUGGACUGGACCCGGCGGCCAAAGUAACGCAACACGCGGGGCGCAUCGCAUUGCACGACAAUGAUAAGAACAAAAUGUUCUAUUGGCACUUCCAGGCAGCUCAGGACCCGGAGAAGGCGCCGCUCGUGAUCUGGCUGAAUGGUGGUCCUGGAUGUACCAGUAUGCAGGGAUUGUUCCUGGGCAAUUCACCAUUCACGUUAAAGGAUGACUCGACCAUUGGCAAGAACGAACACAGUUGGCACGAGUUCGCCAACUUGCUCUUUGUGGACCAGCCGAUAGGCACAGGUAUGUCCUACACUAAGGGGAAUGACUAUCGACUGGAUGAGGAGACAAUAGCCCAGGACUUUUACGAGUUCUUGACCAAGUUCCUGCAACGGCAUAACAAAUAUUUGUCAGAUGGAGAUGAUGGAGUUAGUAACUCGAGAGCUGUGUACAUGUUCGGUGAGUCACACGCUGGUCGCUGGAUUCCCGAGUUCUCAGAUCAUAUUAUGAAGCAGAACAAUGAUCCUAAAAACCAAAUUAAGAUCAAUCUGGACGGUGUUGGCAUUGGCAAUGGAUGGGUGCAUCCGAGAAUUCAGUACGAGUACAGCGACUACGCUCACGGACUUGGGUUACUGACAUUCGGCCAGGUGCGAUCGCUGAAGGCAUCGUAUGCCGAGUGCUUGGCUGCGCUGGAUGCUGGGACGUACUAUUCGAGAAGCUGCUUGGAUAAUAUGGACUCUAUCACGGGCAGUGUCAAGCCGGGCAAUGGAGGUAACAGUCUCAAUUUCUACGAUGUGCGGCAGUAUUUGCGCAAUGUUGGAUCGUACCCGUCAGGGCAGAGCAACAUCGCCAAGUAUAUGAAUAAAAUGGAAGUACGGAAAGCAGUGCACGGCAAUGAAGACAAGAACUUCCGCUUCGAUCUGUGCAGCAACGGCGUAUUCCGUGCCUUGUCAAAGUUCGACGGUGUGAGUACACUGGAUAAGGUGGAAUCGCUACUUCAACAAGGUCUGCGGAUGAUUUUCUACAAUGGACAAUGGGAUAUGAUGUGCAACCACUACGGAACGGAGAAACUAUUGCUGAAUCUGAACUGGAAUGGCUCGGAUGCUUAUCAACAGGCUGACAAGUAUACGUGGCGAGUUCAAGGUCGCAAGGAACCUGCAGGUUUCGCGCAACAAGGAGGCAAUCUGACCUAUUUAGUGGUCACUGGAGCAGGCCACAUGGUGCCCAUGGAUGUACCCGAUGUCGCUGCAGACAUAUUGCGUCGCUUUGUCAACAGACUCGAGUUCAACGACAAAGUACAAACGGUUGUGACUACACGUUUGAACGCGACUGACAUGGAGGUUUCCUUCUGCUAUUCUCCGUCAGUGAGCGCGGAUCCAGAUACCUCGUUGUCCACUCGCGACCAAACUGGUGCCAAUAGCAGUCAGGUGCACAUCGGCAUUGCAUGGCUCUGGGUGGCGCUGGUCAUCGCUGUUGUCAGCAGUGUGUUGGCAGUGUGUGUGACCAUUGUUUGCAUUCGCAAUAAGAGGAACGGAAAGCAGGAGCACGAAAUGAUCACGCAAGUCAGUGACGAUGAAGAAGUGAACCAGAUUGAAGACGAAAGCGAAGAAGGAUUCUCCGACGAAGACGUUGGAGUGCAUGUGCUAGUGAGUAAUGUGAGUCAGCGAGCUACUAGUCCCCGUUCUCGAGUGACCGAAGUAUAG